AUAAACAAGUCUGUCUGAGCCCCAAAAAAAUGAACUUUUGGAAAGCGGGGACCGCACUCAACGCCUCUCGUAGUGACGCCAGCAAUCGAAGUGUGCUUACUACGACAUUCAUUUCCCCAUCAUAUCAAUCAAUCAUUCAUUUCCUCUUAUAAAUUCCUCCAUUUCUCAUUCCUCAACUCUUCAUCUCCUUCCCCAAUCCCUCAACCAUUAAAACAAACCCCUAAUUCUCCGAUUCCAAUGGCGGAGGAAGAGUUCCAAGAGUCCGACGUCGUGUUCCGAGACACCGACAGCGACGAGACAGCCGCGGCUCGCGAGGCGCCGGCGAGCUGCCGGAGAUCGAAAUCGAGAUUGAGGUCGGUUCCGGUGAACAUUCCGGCGAGCGCGCCGCGGAACGCGUGGCGCCGCUGCGCGGACGACGGCAGCGGCGGCGAGGACGGGGAAAUGGUGCCACCGCACGUGAUCGUAGGGCGGCGCGUGGCCGGGAAGAUGAUGGCGCUGUCGAUCUGCGGGAGGAUUCUGAGGAAGGGGAGGGAUUUGAGUGAGUUCCGGAAUUUGAUUUUGAGGAUGACUGGGUUUCUCGAAACGUGAAGCUUGGGGAAGAAGAAAUGUGAAGGAAAUGAUAUACUAUAAUUGUUUUUUUCUUUUUCUUUUCUCGAUUUGGGAAGAAAGUGGUUUUUGAUUUUUCUUCAUUUGGCGGAAAUGAAUUUGGAAAAAUAUUCGCACCCAGAAAACGAAUUAUCUUCAAGCUGUUUAACUGUAUUAUUAUUUAUAAUAUUUGGUAUCUAUUUCUUGUUAUAUUAUUAUGUAUAUAGUUCAUUGUAUGCAUGUUCUUUAUUACUACUACUAUGUAGUAAUUUUUUCUGAUCAAUUUAAAUUCAGCAUGUUUACCAAGAA